AUGCUCAGCGUUUUUAGGUUGAGCGCGCUCCCGGCGAGGCGGCACCGCACCACAGCCUUCCACGAAACGCCGCUUGCGUCUGCGGCACGUUGUCAUUGCCAGUGGCACAGCACCUUGGCGGCUUCCCACUGCGGCGAGAUAGCCGCAGUGCCAGCAGCGCGCCGCGCUGAUCCCUCUCUGGCAACCUCUUCUUGCUCGGCUCAGGUGCUCUCUAGGCACAGCUGCCCGACAGCAGCUCUUCUUGCCGACACCAGCGACAGCGCGCUCGUCACGCUGCCCUACUGCCUUGCGGAGGUGCAGGAGAAGGUACGCGCGCACUUGCGGUCGCUGCUGGUCCAGCGCCUCCUUGCCCCCCUGCUCACCGAGUCCUUGGCAGACCUGUUUGGAGAUCAGGACGGCGAGGGCAGCAGUAACACGCAUCUAGACCGAAGCAGCGACGCUGCGGCCAUGACCUCCGCCGUUGUUCACAGUGUCACUCAGUCACUGAGCGCUCUGCGCUACCUCGCCUUCUCGCACCAGCAUCCGAAGCUCCGGCAUCCUACCUGGGCACCGCUGUGGGAAGCGAGUCUGUUAUCGAACACACCACCCUCUGCGGAGCCGUACGCUGGGAUAGGCGCGGGUGCCAAGCGGCCUGACGAGGCAGCGGUCGACGCCUUCGACAUCCACGUCACCCUCAUGGGGCAAGAUGCGGCAGAGACACUUGUACGACCGUGCCUCGGGGAGGUGGCGCCUCUGCUGGGCUGUCGCGCGUGUGGCUCCUUCCGCGCCGUCACCACUGCCGCUCGUAACACGAUGUCGGCGGCCCUCUCAGCUUCCACGAAGGCGGACGCCUCGUCAGCCCAACCUGCUGCGCCAUCGCCAUCGCCAUCGCUGCCGCCUUCUUUGCCCGUCGUCACCUACUGGGAAUGCUGCCGCGUAGACUCCUAUAUUCCAUCCUAUGUGCAGGUGCAGGCCGCCGUGCGCCAUCUGCUCCUCCGACGCCGACCGACGGUCGACUACACCGCCAAUGCGUGGUCAGCAGCGGCUGCAGCGUUCAUGUCGGUGCCUCAGUCACCGCCAGCACGCCCCUUGGCGCUUGUUGCGGUGGUCGUGCCAGACCACCUGACAGCGCUGUACUCAGAGUUUGUCGACAUGCUUGAGCGGGAGGGCGGGGAAAGGACGCAGCAGCGCGGCGCCACGUGUGGUGGGCCAGUGCAUCUUCUUCUCUUCAACAGUAAAGGACUGGCGCGAGAAUAUGCCGUCGUGUAG